AUGGGGACAAUGAUGCAAAACCAUGGUGUAAUCCGUUUUCAAAAGGGAGGUUGGUUACUAAUGUCUAAGGAGGAUUGGGUAACUACUUCAUUGUUCUUUUACAACCCCUUCACAAGAGAGACCAUCAAGCUUCCGCAACUGCCAGUUGAAGAGAUAUAUGGCUUUUCAGGUAUCUCCUUUUCCUCCUUACCAACUUCGUCAGACUGUGUAGUUUUUGCUAUUGAACAAAGAGGGCGUGAAAACUGUGAAGUCUCGCUCUACUUCAUUAGAAAGGGAGAAGCAUUUUGGAGGUUUUUCGUCUUUGGUAAUGCUGAUACCGAAAAGUACAUCCCAUUGCAUAAUGCUCCAGUUAUAUGCAAUGGUGUUUUCUACUGUGUAGAUUAUAAUGGAGCUUUAGGUAUACUUAACAUAGAGGAUAAUAGUUGGAAAGUUCUGGAGAAACCCCAUCAACAAUUUGGUGCAAUGUAUCCAAGUUUCCUAGUAGAGAGUGGAGGAGAGCUUUUGCUGGUGAAAUUAGAACGUUACGGAACUUUGUUAGGGAUAUUUAGACUGGAUUUCAACAAGAUGGAAUGGAUGAGAGUUGAAAGUCUAGGAAAGCAUAUGCUAUUCGUCAGCUACACCUCAUGUAUCUCUGCAAUUGCUCCUACUAGUCACAUGGAGAACAAAGUCUAUUUCCCUAGAUUAUUUCUUAACGGCGAAGGGGUUGUAUUCUAUUCUCUAGAAGCAGCCACUUACUCCUCUUUUGGAAGUCAGCAUUCUGCCACAGAUUUUUAUAAUACAGAAGGCUGGUAUGCAAACUGCACUUGGAUUGAACCCAAUUGGGUGAAAUCCACAGCUCAAGAGCUAGAAUGGGUUAUGCUUCCUCCUUCCUGA